AUGUGGGCACGUGAAGUCUGUGCUCAUACUCUGUGUAAUGGUCAAUAUAUGGUAUUGAAGAGAUUGGCAUCAGGAAGUGAAGGAACUGUCUUUCAAUGUGUGCCUGUGAUGAUGAGUAGUGGUGGUGGUGGUGGUGGUGUGAGUUAUCCCAUGAUGAUGAUGAUGGAUUCUUUAAGUAGAGGUAGUAAUAAUAAUAGUAGUAGAGGUAGUAGUAGUAAUAAUAAUAGUAGAGGUAGUAGUAGUAGAGGCAGUAAUAAUAGUACUAUGAAUCAUUCAAGACCAACGAGUAUGAAUAUGAUGAUAUAUGGUAAUGGUGGACAUGUUGCUAUUAAGAAAUUAUCAGAAACGUUUGAUCGAAUCAAAUUAGAAGAAUUCAAAUGGCACUUGGAACAAGUGAGACAAUUAUCUCAUCCCAAUAUCAUUCCAUAUUUAGAUACAUUUAUUGAACAGAAAGGAGAGGAUGAAUAUUCAUGUUGUAUUGUCAUGCCCUUCUACAAAUCAACUCUUCAUCAAAGAAUAUUAGAUUGUAAGAAACUCAAUUUGAAAUAUUUACCAAAUUGGACAAGUGUUGCACUCCAAAUUAGUUUAGGUCUACAGAAAAUUCACAUGAAUCAUUUGAUUUUUAGAGAUUUAAAAACAGAGAAUAUUUUAAUUGAAUUGCCUUCCUUGAAUUCAACAGCAACGACCGCUACAACAACUACUGCUACUACUACAACUACUAGUAAUACUACUAAUACUACUAAUACUACUACUAGUGACAAGUCUAGUCAUCCUAUUCGUUACAGUAUGAGUGGUCAUUUGAGUCAUGAAUGGUCCCUUUCAUCAUUGUCUUCCAUGUCAUCGAAUCAUUUCAAUACAAUGCGAGUAGUCAUUAGCGAUUUUGGAUUAUUGAAACCAGUCCAUGAUAUUGAAAUGAGUUACAUGAAAGGAACUCCAAUUACUAUUUCACCUGAAGCAGUUACAGGUGAAUUUAAAGUCGAUCAGAGUUCAGAUAUAUUCUCAUUGGGAUGUGUAUUAUUUGAAUUACUAACAUUGGAUAUUCAAAUUGAAAUGAAAGUGAAUCGAUCGAAUGAUAUCAUGACGAGUCAUCCUAGAGAAUAUUCUCAACGUGUUGUUGUUGCAUCAAGUCGUCAUCCCAAUAGCAGUAGUAGUAAUAGUGGAAGUAAUAGUAGUGGAAAUAAUAAUAAUAGUAGUGUUCAUAGUCAUGCAGCAACAAAUUCUUCUUCUAAUACAACGAGUCAUUUGGUUCAACACACGAAAUUUCUCAUCAAUGAAGCCAUCAAAACCAAUGAAGCAGAAACUCAUUACAUUAUUUAUUCCAAAUUGAAAAAGAACAAGAUUCAUGAUUUUAUCAUUCGAUUGGUAUUGAGCAUGUUGAGAUUACAUCCCAAUGCUAGACCUAGUAUUGAUGUCGUUGUGGAUAUUUUGAAUGUAUUUAAUAGCAAUCAACAUUACCAUUCCAAUGCCAUACAAGAAUGUGUGCGACGGUAUGAUAAAUUAUUAGUGAAAUUACCAAAACAUAGAAGAGGAGGAAAUACAUAUUUCAUGUCAUCAUUUUCAAUCAUGAAGAGACAAGAAAUGAUUAGAGAUUAUUUGAAAAAAUAUCAUGAACAAUACAUGAAUGAUAGUAGAGGUACAAGAUUUAAAAUUUGUCAUUCUGAUGAUCAUCAUACCAAUCAUGAUAACCAAUUAAUCACAGUCAUGGAUUUAGUAGAACCUCAUCUAGGUGAAAUCUAUCAUGUCAGAAAAUAUUCAAACUUGAAAGAAUUUACAGAAAUGUCUUCUAAAUUCUCUCUAUUCCAACACAAAUAUCUUGUCCAAAAAUUAGAAGAAUUUAUGGGUACGAUUGGAUGUAGAAAUAUUUCUAACAACAACACACAUUACUAUUGUAUUGUAACGAAAUAUUAUCCAAUUUCACUUCGAACAUUGUUAUUGAACCACACCUCCAGUACUCUGAAUAUCUAUCUCUUUUCAGAAUAUGAAUUAUUGAAUUUAAUCUUUAAAAUCAUGCAAGCAGUUCAAUAUUUGCAUGAUCGACAAUACAUUCAUACUCAACUCACACUCGAUCAUGUAUUACUUGUACAUGAAAAUCAUUCAUGGAAUUCAACAAUAAUGAAUUCAACAACAAGGUGUAAUACUACUACUAUUGGCAGUACUGAUUUCAUCACAAGUGAGAAUUCCAUGAUGAUGGAUAUUGUCCUUUCAGGUAUUGAAUAUAUUGAAAAUAUUGAGAAUUUAGAGAGUACAACAACAACAACAACAACAACGAAUAACAAUCAUAAGAAGACUACUAGAAUGGCCAAGAAGAGGAAUCAUUCUACUUCAUUUCAUCAUCGACAACAACAAGUCCAUAUCAAGAUGCCCUCAAUAAGGUUUUAUUGA